AUGAGCGGGAAGCAGCAGGCAGGACGCCGUGGAGCAGGGGCGUCGUCAUCCUCAAGCCACCCUCUCCCGCUCAAUGGAUGUGACCUCGCCGGUGCCGACAUGACGAAGGACGGCGAGCCUUGGGCGAAAAUCACCGGAGAGGUGCGCUACAUGGAUGUCGAUUUCUGCAAGGGGACUGAAAACCUACCUGAAUUUGACUGGAGUAUACCUCUAUCCUCUCCUGAUGCUGCUUUCAAUGGCAGUGACAAAAGUGACCAUUGUUGCCACUUACUGAACCCUGCGAGAAGAGUUUGCUCUGAUGGAUAUGACUAUGGUCGUAGAUUUCUUGUUUGUCCUCGUGAGGGUUAUGAUACAUGUGCUUAUCUGAAGUGGGUGGACAAAGAAUGGCAGGGGAGACCUAGGCAGGUGAUUGGCAAACUUGCUGAAGAGAAUGUGGCUCUUCAGAAAUUUGUGUUUGACAAGGAUGCUGAAAUUAUGAGGCUGAAGGAAGAAAGGAAGGCCAUGAUCAUGAAGCACCAGAAGGAGAUCAGAACUAGGGAUAGGAGGGAAAUUUGUGGCUACCUAUUAUCUAUGUUCAGUGUUGUAAACAUUCCAAACUGGAAUCAGUGGCUUGAAAUGAAAUCAGUGGCUAUGUUCAGUGUUCUGUUUACUUCACUGAAAAUUCUAUUAUUUGACAUGAAAUCAGUGGCUUGUUUACUUAACUGA